GCCCCUGCGGGUCGGAAGUGAGCCGAGCUCCGGCCGCCCCCGCGCCGCCGCCGAGGCUGCCGCCGUCACUAUGGAGUAGUCGCGGCAGGACGGGGUCCGAGCGAGAGACCGAACCGGCGUGACAGGCGGCCCGCCGGGCCCACAGGGCGACGGGCAGCCGGGCGCUGCGCCGGCAGCUUCCCGCGGGCUCAGGCCUCUAUUACAGAUCUGUCUUUGCAAUUGCAACCUAAUCAGAUUAUUUGUCCUGAUUUGUGGUGGAAUCAAAUCUAUAGUACCAGGGAGAGGAGUGCAUGUCCAGGAUAAGCCAUUGGUGCACAUUGAAACCAUGGAGUCCAUGCUGAACAAGCUGAAGAGCACUGUCACAAAGGUGACAGCUGAUGUCACCAGUGCAGUCAUGGGAAAUCCCGUCACCAGGGAAUUCGAUGUCGGGCGACACAUUGCCAGUGGAGGUAAUGGUCUUGCUUGGAAGAUAUUUAAUGGAACUAAAAAAUCAACAAAGCAGGAAGUGGCUGUUUUUGUCUUUGAUAAGAAGCUAAUAGACAAGUACCAAAAAUUUGAAAAAGAUCAGAUUAUUGAUUCCUUAAAGCGAGGUGUUCAGCAGCUAACUAGGCUCCGGCACCCUAGACUACUUACUGUACAACAUCCAUUAGAAGAGUCCAGGGAUUGCUUGGCAUUUUGUACAGAACCCGUCUGUGCAAGUUUAGCUAAUGUUCUUGGCAGCUGGGACAACCUACCUUCUCCUUUACCAUCAGACAUUAAAGAAUACAAACUUUAUGACGUGGAGACCAAAUAUGGUUUGCUUCAGGUUUCUGAAGGUUUGUCAUUUUUGCAUAGCAGUGUCAAAAUGGUCCAUGGAAAUAUUACUCCUGAAAAUAUAAUCUUGAAUAAGAGUGGAGCAUGGAAAAUAAUGGGUUUUGAUUUUUGUAUCCAAUCAACAAAUCCAUCCGAACAGGAGCCAAAGUUCCCUUGUAAGGAAUGGGAUCCAAACUUGCCAUCCUUGUGUCUUCCAAAUCCUGAGUAUCUGGCGCCGGAAUAUAUUCUCUCUGUGAGCUGUGAGACAGCCAGUGAUAUGUACUCUCUGGGAGCUGUUAUGUAUGCAGUGUUUAAUAAAGGGAAACCAAUUUUUGAGGUCAACAAGCAAGAUAUUUAUAAAAGCUUUAGUAGACAGCUGGACCAGCUGAGCCGUUUAAGCUCCAGUAAUCUUGAGAACAUACCUGAGGAGGUGCGUGAGCAUGUAAAGCUCCUCCUAAACGUAGCUCCGGCAGUCAGACCAGACGCUGAUCAAAUGACCAAGAUACCAUUCUUCGAUGAUGUAGGAGCAAUGACACUUCAGUAUUUUGAUUCAUUAUUUCAAAGGGAUAACCUGCAGAAAUCACAGUUUUUUAAAGGACUACCAAAAGUUCUGCCAAAACUACCUAAGCGUGUUAUAAUUCAGCGAAUUUUGCCUUGCUUGACUUCUGAAUUUGUGAAUCCGGAUAUGGUACCCUUUGUCUUGCCUAAUGUUCUCUUAAUUGCUGAGGAGUGCACCAAAGAAGAAUAUAUCAAGCUCAUUCUACCUGAUCUUGGUCCUGUUUUUAAGCAGCAAGAACCAAUCCAGAUAUUGUUAAUCUUCCUGCAAAAAAUGGACUUGCUUCUAACCAAAACUCCACCAGAUGAAAUAAAGAACAGCGUUCUGCCAAUGGUUUAUAGAGCCUUGGAAGCACCUUCAAUUCAGAUCCAGGAGCUUUGCCUAAACAUAAUUCCCACAUUUGCCAAUUUAAUAGAUUACCCAUCAAUGAAAAAUUCAUUAAUUCCAAGAAUUAAAAAUGCAUGUUUGCAAACCUCUUCUCUUGCUGUCCGGGUAAACUCACUAGUGUGCUUAGGCAAGAUUUUGGAGUACUUGGAUAAAUGGUUUGUGCUUGAUGAUAUUUUACCUUUUCUACAACAAAUUCCAUCAAAGGAACCUGCAGUGCUCAUGGGAAUUUUAGGUAUUUACAAAUGUACAUUUACUCACAAGAAGUUGGGAAUUACCAAAGAACAGCUUGCAGGAAAAGUAUUGCCCCAUCUGAUUCCUCUUAGUAUUGAGAACAAUCUUAAUCUCAAUCAGUUCAAUUCUUUUAUUUGUGUUAUAAGAGAUAUGCUCAAUAGAUUGGAAGCAGAGCAUAAAACCAAACUUGAGCAACUUCAUGUCAUGCAAGAGCAACAGAAAUCCUUGGACAUAGCCAACCAAAUGAGUGGGGCUGAAGAGGCAAGAUCUAGUGGUACAGGCAAUCAGAUUGACAAGGUAUUUAAUAACGGAACUGACCUUCUAACCAGUGGAUCUGAUAGUAAAGAGAAUGAGAUGUCAUCAGUACAGAGAAAGGCCUCACUUACACUGGAGGAGAAGCAAAAGUUAGCUAAAGAACAAGAACAGGCACAGAAACUGAAAAGCCAGCAACCUCUUAAGCCCCAAGCAACUACAGUGACACCUCCAGUGAAGCAGACAAAAGACUUGACAGAUACCUUGAUAGAUAAUAUGUCAUCUUUGACCAGCCGUCCUAUCAACCAAGCUCAAGUUGCAUCUUCAAACAGCUUCUCUUCCGUUCCUUCUAUGGGUGUUGGAAUGGGAUUUUCAUCACCCAUUGACAACACAAAGAGAAAUAUGACAAAUGGACUAAAUACAAAUAUGGGGUUUCAGACUGCUGGAUUCACCAUGGGAGGAGGUCUCGCCACUCAGAAUUUCUUCAGUGGUCCAAGUGCAACAGGAGCAGCCAAGAUGAACAUGGUACCCCCUGCCAAUAUGCCAAAUUACAGUCCUAUGAAUGCUGCAUCUGCACUCUCUCCACUGACACAACAAAACAGACCCCCAGAUAUGUCUGCUUUAGAUAAUCUUUUUGGUCCUCAAAAACCCAAAGUUAGCAUGAAGCAGUUGGCUCAACAGAAAUCAAGCCAGUGGGUUAAUCAGUUUGUGCCACCGCCAGGGUCCCCGAAUGCGAGCAGUACAGCCUUGGCACCUCAGAUGAACAUGCUAGCACAGCCAGGCUUUGGUAUACAGGGUAAUCCUUUCUUUUCUCCUCAGAACUUCGCACAACCAGCAAACACCAUGACAAACAGCAGCUCAGCUAGCAAUGACUUAAAAGAUCUUUUUGGGUAAAAUGUUUUGUUUUCUUCCUUCAAAGAUUGGUGAAAUUUGGAUCAUGGGUAAGCUGAUUAACAUCUGGUUUUUAUUAAUAAAAGCAUGACUUGGGGAAACUUUGAACCCAGCAAAGUAAAGACUUCUGGGCAGGAAAAAAGGCUGAUGUUUCAUUCACCUGGUACCGCAGUGGAAUUGUGUAAGUGCAAAGUCAUCUUACAUGCUAAAGAUUUCCUGUCUCUUUACCACCAUGAGAGUGCUGAAGGUAGGAUGUGUAUAUUCUUCUGAAAAAGAAGUAUACUGAAAUUAUUCAGAGCUGAACUCGGUCAAGUCCAAUGAAAUUUCCUUCAAAAUUUUGUUUAAGUUCAGCAAAAAUGCUUAGGGGCUAAUGCUGCUAUUGGAUGCAAACCUGGAGAAUUACUCUUGUUGCCUGAAUUUGUCACAAGCUGUCAUUUUGUCCUAUGACAGUUUGCAAAAAGAAAAUUCUUAUGCUGGCCUAAAAAUUUUGGUAGCCAAAUUGUACAGAGAGCACUCUAACCCAUAACUAAGGGCAGAACUGAGAAGGGAGCAUGUUUUGACUUUCUUCUCUCAUGUAAGCUAAUGUAAUGAAUGUGGUAGUAAACUCUAACAAGAUUGAUCAGGCAUAAGAAGUUGUUCUAAAAUUUGGUUCAAGUUUGGGACAGAGUAAGAACACUGCUUCAAAGGCCAUGCUGGUUUACAAUCUCUUUUAUAAUGCCAGAUCCUUGUUACAAGCCCCAUAGCAAAAGCAACAUACCACUUAAGCAGGAUUUUAAAAUUCAUGUGGUGAUUUCAUCACAUUUACUGUAUAUUCCAUUGUUUUGGCUAGUAUGAUACUGCUUCUAACUGAUGUGAAACCCUCUAGUUAUGAAACCUCAAAAAAUGAAUGUAAAUGUAAAAUUCACAUGUUGACUGCCCCAACUGUGUAACUAAACACAUGUUACACAGUUACACAUGUAGAAAUGUUGCAGUUAGAAAUAUCUUGAAUUCAUAAUUUUUGCUCAAUUGAGACAAUGAAAGAGGAUCACCUUAUACAAUUUGCACAGGGUUUUGUGAAAAAGCAGGCUGCCGUAAAUUGCCUUGACUAAGAGUGAACUAUUUCAUUUUACUUUUGGUUUAAAUCAAGUCCUUAUGAAGGAUAGAUUGACAUGAAGUGAUUUCUCAAAUAUGGAUUUGUAAGCUCUAGAGUGUAUGAUAAAUACACAGGUAUUUCAGAUCCUUUUUAUUGUAUUAGACUAAAUUCAAUAAAGGUCUUCAGAAAUCCAAAUAGUAGUUUCUUCUGCUUCCAGAAGGUGUAUGUUCAGCUUGCCCAUGGUGGAAUCUCUGCUCUGUCAGAUACUACUGUUGAGUUUUAACUUUUUUUUCCCUAAGAAUUUCAAGAGCUUUCUUACCUAGUAUUUUGAAGACUAUAAAUGGUUAUUUUGAGAAGGAAAGAACUAGUUACCUUUUUUAUGGAAAGCCUACUUGCUUUAUUUUUCAAAGCCUUUCACUGAAGAAACUCUUCUUUCAUUUGCUGCUUAAGAAACCAAAGGGCCUUAUGCUGUAAAUAUGACUUGUAUUUUGUUAUACUUCCACAGUUCUGAGCCGUGAUAGCAUUAAGCAUAUUUCUUAAAGGAUUCUUUAUGUAUUAUAGCUGCUGCAUUAGUCCUAUCGUUUUAAAAUACCUGGGACCAAUAAGUUUGUGGUCUGGAAAACAAUACCUAAUACAUUGUGAUGCUUAUGUGCUGUUAAUAUUCAUGGUAAGCUUUGUAGGUCAUGUUAAAAUAUCCAUGUAAAUUGAAGUACAAUACUAGAACUGUUGAACUAUUUAGGUUCAUUUACAGUUGCUGGCACUCUAUACUCUCAGUCACACUCAUGUCUUCUUUUAUGUCAACCCUUUGAAGCUGUGUUUUGUUAAGGUAACCUAAGGCAAGCCUUUGGAGAAUUACUUGAAUCUGUAUUCCUCUAAAUUAUUAGGAAAAUAAGUCUAUAUUAAAAACAGCAUCUCAUAGGACUCUACAAUGUAUUAAAUUAAUACAUCUAUGGCAAAGGCAGUCUUAAAAGUCAGUGUCCUGAUCUGGGGUUUCAGUCACUGAUGUGUCUGGACUGGGAGCUUUCAGAACUGGAUUUAGUUUAACCUAUUGCAGGGAAAGUAGGAAAAAAAGGAUCUGAUUUCAUUUACUAGACCUCCUAAACCGUGUGGUUUGGGGUAUGUGCUUUUGGCAUGGGCUAUACCAGAACAUAAUCUGUUUUGUAAGAACAAAGUAAAAAUAAAUCCUACAGGUUCAAAUUAAAAUAAGCUCUUUUUUGAAGUAGUAAUGCAAUGGAAUAAGGUCUUUAUCUGACUCAAGCAAUAAGACUUUUUUCCAUUUAUAUUUGAGAACAUAACUUUGAUUUCUCUUGUUUGCUGCAAUUUUCAGAAUGCCCAGAGUGGAAGAACAACAAAGAAAACUGGAAAGGGUGCUUACAAAAGCUUUAACAAAAUCUUCCAGUUAUUUAUUUUUUUUUUUUAAACUCAAUAAAACAAAAGCAGUGAGUCCAAUCCCUUUUCCACAUAGAUGCUUCUUGCUUAGUGUGUCAGGAACUCAGUGUGUUUGAAGUUCUCAAAUGAUUUCUUCUUAACUUAAAGCAAAGAGGACUUGCAAGAGGUAAGUCACCAUAGCCAUGUGCCACUUGGCUUCUGCUGCAAUAGUUUUACUUUAGGAAUCCUUGGCCAACUGAUCUCUCCACUUAAAAGUUAUGGUUCUUGAGGCCCUGCAAGAGGCUGGAAGACUUGUUUUGUGGCCAGAGUGAAUUGUUUGAGAGCAGCAGUUUUGCUUUACAUCCAAGUUGGUUUUUGGGAAAGACAAAGAGGAAGGGACAGUGUUACAAAAUAUGGGUAUUCCAGGAGCCUCCUGUGGCUGAACUUGGAUGGAAAUCUGUGCUACAUCUAGCUUGGCCUCAAGCAGAGGGUCUGCCUGUACCAGAGGGUCAUGUCAAGUCAAGCGGAGAACAUAGGUUGGAAAUUGGUACCUGGUUAAGAAACUACAAGUGCUGUUACUUAAAUAGUCAUCUGGUAAUGAGUUAUUCUUUACAAUAUCUUGAGGAAGACAGUAAAUUACACUAAAUUUCUGCCCUUUGUAUUCAACCUAAUUUAAAGGAAAAAUGUGAAAGCCUGUCAGGUUCUAUCAUGACAGCAGCCACUGUGCACAGACUUGGCUCACCCACUGUCAGCAUGUCUUCAUUCUACUGUGGAAAUGAGGACAGGGUCUGGGCUGAAAUGCCCAGCCCAUCUAGUUUACAUUGAUUUGUAAAAAUUUCCAAAAAAAUUUGGAAGGGCAUAAGUUCCUGUUCUGUAAGUGAUUCAUCUAUAUUUUGUUUUCUACAAAAGGAGAAGCUAAGUGAAAAUAGCUGCACAUCUUACAUCAGUUGUGCUUUGCCAGCUCUGGUGUAUGCUAAAUGAACAUGACUGCACCAAGACAGCAGUGUUUUCCUUAUUAGAGCUCUUGGUUCCAUUUGGGUUUGUGUUAAAGUGUCUGAAGCAUCCUCUCAAAACUGAGUCACAGAAAACAAACUAAUCCUGCUAGAGGGAAGGAUUGUAUUGAAGUGGCUUGAAAAACCUUCUCUACUUGGGCUGAUGGAGAACCUUAAAACUACUGAGUUUCAGAUUAGCUUAGAAACCCCUUGUUCUGACUCUUGAGAGAAACCAGAAAUUAAAUGGCACAGGUGUCACUGGGGGAGGGAGCUGAUCUUCUGUUCCUUUUCAUCACACAAGUGAUGAAAAGGAACAGAACAGCCCUUGGAAGUUCUGAACUAAGGCACAGAACAGCCCUUGGAAGUUGCUUAUGCAGGAGGGAAGCAAUACCAGUGGAGGCUUUUGAAAGGUAAAGGAGUUACCAAUUAUUUGGGAGAUGGGGAGAGAAAUUUUACUGAGAGCAUGGGUAGAUACUAAUUUUUUUUUAAAUGAAGAUACUAUGUUCUCCUCACUGUGAAUAAGAAAUGUUGUGGGGAAGUUGUAGCCUUACACAGGUUUUGAAUACCCCAAGUAAAAGGGUGAAUUUUUUGAUGUGUAGGUGCACAACAUUUCAAGCCUUAUUCUUUAAAACUUUCCUUUUCUGUUUCGUCUUUUUAGCAACAACUGGUUCACAUUUAUGUGGAACCUUAACAAAUACCCUGAUUGCCUUUUAAAGUAAGAAAAAUGUAUGUUGACUUUUGUAUUAUAACCUCUGUUGUAAUGUUAUCUGUGUCUGUAGAUAGAUAAGUGUGAUUAUAUUCUAGAUUAUAGGAUUUUUGGAUUUUUCCAUUUAACUGCACCAAAAAAACAGAUUAAAUGAGAAGCUAGAUUUGAAUUAAAUUGCAUAAAGCUUCCAUACAGGCUAAGAAUUAUAUGAUACUUGUGUUAUCUUUUAUUAAUAAUACAUGCUUAGUCUGCCUACAUCUGUGUGACUUGAGCAGAAAAGGAAAGUUUUUAAAACAUAAGUUUAUGAACACUGGAUCUUGCAUUACAAUGAAGCUUUUGGACUUUGGAGUGACCUUUGCUUAUUGAUUAGGGUUUUUUAUUGGGGUUGGGUGGGAUAUUGGUGAUUUGUGCCAUUUCCAAUGAAAGAAGCAUAGGGAGGGGGAGUGCAGAAAAAAAUACCCUAUUGUAUAUGUAACCCUUUUCUUUGUUAAGAGAUAUGCUGCAUUUUAUAUAUUUAUUGUGAACUUUUCUGUUGGAAAGCUGUGAGGAAACCUAUCUGGAGAAUUUCAGAUGAGUUAGCUGAUUUUCAAGUGAGGUUCUGCCUUGUACAUUACCUUCCAUUAGGUUUUGACUGCUUUGCAAGAAAAUGACACAAGGCAGUAAAACCUUGGAUUCAUACACCAAAUCCUCUUGCCUUUCAGGCCUCACCCUUGUAUCAACAUAACAAAUAAGCCCUGAAGUUGUAUUAUCUUUAAGUUCUCUGGAACAGGUCUAACUGCUGUACAGAUUUCUGAGAUGAAGCUGUAAAUCAAAAUGUGUUAUAGUGAACUCAGGCCUUGUGCAAAAUAUUUAAUACUUGUUGAUUUGUCUAAUUGUACAGUCUCUGUACUAGUGGCAGUUUUAUGUUCUGAUUGUAAAACAUUAAAAUUCUCAUGAGAUUUAUAGUGA